CUAAAACGCAUCAGCUGUUACGUCAAAAAAAUGAAAAAAUAUUAAAACUAACACUUCUUUUAUUAAAGUAAUUAAGAAAAUGCGUAUAUUCUCGCUCAGUAAUCGCUUUGCCAAUAUACGAACACGUAUAAGUGAUAAGUUCACAUUACCCGAACGAUUUAAGGGUACUGUAGUUGAAAAGUGGGCACAAUAUUGGCGUGGUCUAGCCAGCGACUAUACGGAUGUGGUUGUCGAUGUUGUGAAAAGUGCGCGCACCAAACCGCGAAGGGCACUUGUAUAUGCUUGUACGGGAUAUGGUUUAUAUCAAUGUGCCAAACACAAUCCAGAUGAAGAAGUAUUUAUGCAUUCAUUACGCGGUUGGAGUAAUCAAAUGUCAAUGGUGGCUAAAACAUUACACAACCCGGUGUCAGAAGCAUACCUCCGUGAACUGGAAAUAGCCAUCAAUGAAAACAAACUUCGCACAUUUUCACUUGGUGUCUGUACGAUUUUGUGGAGAGAUUUGUACGAUAAGGAAGAUUGCACUUAUCCGGCUAUAUGCAAGUAUACGCAAGUAGAUUAUACAAACUUUUGGAAACAUAUAGUAGAUAUUGGCUUUUGGGAUUACUACUGGCGACUUGAGUGGAAAAUGCAUAAUUUCGAUAUUAAUUAUUUAUAGUUACAAUUAGUGUUAAGGAUUAUGGGCUCCUAUUAUUUUGACCAAAAAUAUAAAGUGUACAAAAUGUUGGUCUUCUUGUAAAUUAACAACAGCUUUAUUUGACAAAUCAAAAUAAAGUCAAAACAACUUUGUUCGAAAAA